GAAUGGGCGGAUACAAGUUAGGCGAGGGUGCUGGGGGUUGUCACACUUGGAAACAAUGGAUCAGGGGGAAAAUAUGAAUAAAACAAUCUCUCCGAGGACCACUGAAAUCAAUCUUUGUUACUAUGAAUUCUGCAUAGAAAGAGUUUACGUUAGAAGCAACAUUUCAACGGGUUUGGCGAACAUUUUCUAAGGAGAUUAGCUGUUAAGCCUAGGCCUACUUUAUUAAAGUGACAGAAGUCAGAAUCAUUUGCGAGUUGAAUUGUAUUCGAUCUGCACUUUCAUACAAGACAGCAAUCAGACUGAAACUCCCCAUAUUUACCUCCCUGGAACUAUGCGGUGGGUAUUGGAGUGGCUGAUCACUGCAGUGGAAGAACAGGGAUGAAGACUUUCUCCUGUGUGUUUUCCUGCCUGGUUGACAGACUCCCCAUAGAGUUGCUGCUUCUCUCCAUCACAUCCCUUUAGUGUCCAGCUGGUCUUGCCGUCACACCUCGCAGCUUCUCAAACAGUUGGGAACACAAUCUGACAAGAACUCUCAUCCACUCCCUCCCACUCAUCUAGUGGCAUACACACACUUUCACUGUUCUGUCUCGUAGUGGCAGAACACCACUACUAGCCCAUAGCCAGGGUACUCCUACACCUGCACACACACAUUAUGGCAAGCGUGUUGCCGUACGGCCGCUUCACUCACGCCGUGGUGCGGGGCAUCCCAGAGACCUUUGGGAAAGUUGAUGACGAGAAAAACGACAAGGUCGAAAACGGGGAAACCACGAUGGACCUGGCCAAAGCACAGCGUCAGUUUGGGGUGCUGACGGGGGCUCUGAGACAGAAGGUGGGGCUGCAGCUCAUAGAGAUCCCUGCAGACCCGGAGCUACCAGAGAGCUGGAGGAUAGAGGAUGUAGCGGUGAUACAGGGAGACACGGCACUCAUCACCAGGCCUUUCAAACAGCAGAGACGCAGUGAGACUGAAGCAGUGAGGAGGGUGAUGUCGGAGCUCAACCUGACAGUGGUGGAGAUGGGGGCAGAGGAGGGGGGCUCCGCAGGGGCCACGCUGGAGGGCAGUGACGUGCUCUUCACCGGCAGGGAGUUCUUUGUGGGAAUCUCCUCCCACACCAACCACAGAGGAGCUGAGGUUCUGGCUGACACUUUCAGAGACUUUGCUGUGUCCACGGUGCCAGUGUGUGGGGGAGCUCGUCUAAAGAACAUCUGCUCUAUGGGAGGUCCUGAUACUAUCAUCAUCAGCAACAGUGAUGGGGCCAAGAAGACCCUCCGGAUGAUGGAGCAGCUGACUGAUCACCACUACGAAGUGCUCACGGUCCCUGAGGGUGCAGCAGCUAACUGUGUCUAUGUCAGGGGCCCCUCCAAAGUGGACUACCUGCUUCACCCGCCCACUGAGGAGUGUCCCGAAAGUGUCCCUGCCUUCCAGAAGCUGACGGACUACACCCUCCUCCCUACAGCGUGCAGCGAGGCCUCCAAGCUCGGAGGGUCUCUGUCUUCAUUCUGCCUACUUAUCAACAGGAAGCCAUACUUCUAAAUGCCCUGCUCUUCUCCCAUAGAACACACAUAGACCUUCAUUGACUAUAUGUAAAUACAAAUGUGAACAUAUCAAGGACAUCGCUAACUGUUGGGCAGGGAGCUAAAGAGAAAUUCUUAAUGGGAUCCUUGGGACAUCCCAGAUCUGAAGUUGAAAUUUAAAACGGGUAAGAUAGGGGUAUGGUUAAGGUCAGUGCUUAGGGUAGGGACAUCCCAAGGAGCCCGGCACUACACAGGGCUAGAGGGUUCAAUGUGCAUAUUCUGCACAACUGCACCCCCUACUGUGGAAAGAGAGCAGUGUGGCUUGAUGAACAUUAAUAGGCUGUAGAUUUUAAAUGUAGGUGUUCUGUAUGCGGGCAUUUUAUGUCCCUAUAUAACUUGUAUUUAAAUACUAAUCCAUUCUCCAACCCACACUAUCCGCGCUCCAAGUAGGCUGUUUUGUUGCGGCCAUAGAAGGGGCGUACCACUUCAACGUUUUACAAUUUGAGUGGUAAACUUGCAAUGGCUGCCGGUCCUGAAUUGAAUGGGCACGUCCGUUGUAUGGAUUCCAUAUCUAUGGUUAUAUCGACCUUUCGCAAAUAUCUAAAUACAAUCACAGAGAAAAAAGGAGUUCGGAGAGCAAAUGCCUCCUGCUGAAAAAGACGAAUCUCUCAACUCAAUAUUUUGCGAACACGAAGGGAGGCGCAGCGAGAGGUUUUGCUAAUUCAAAAAUCUUUCGGCGCGAAAAUAACUUUCCAGUUUGGCAACGUGUUUCGAAUGUAUUAAAGAUAAAAAAUGAUUUGCUCCGUGAGGCUUAUUUCAGAGUAGAAUUUAGUUAAUGCGGAAGUUGUUACGACUGUACUGUGUGAUGCACGUGACUUCCCGGUAAUUUUGAGAAUAAAAAAAACACUCGCCCCUUUAGAAAUCCAGGACGGACUAUGCCUUAAAUACAGCGUCUCUUCUCGUUAAAUAUAGGCGGUUGACGUCAACACCACUAAUCGAAUAUUAAAAUAAAAAAUACGAGAUUUAUCCACCAAUCCAAAAACAGGAAUAGGCGGGAGUUUAUACAGCACACCAUACGCUAUGUGGAAAAAGAAUCCCUGGUACAGCUCGCCAACAUUUUUUUUGUAGCCUUUGUUGCUGCCAAAUAUUCCACAAUCUGUUUUACGUCUUUUCAUUGGCUUGGGCUAUCAAUGUCAGAGCAGCCACCCAGUAAAAUGUGGGGCAUAUAUUUAAAACAAAUAAAAUAACAUCCUCUCCAGUCAUGUAAUCUAAAUAAAGUAGAAUUGAAGGAAAUUAAUAAACACCUCUGCUCAACUGUAGGCCUAUGCCACUACACAUCUAUCACAUUUGCAUGUAAGGCUUUAUUAUAAAGGGGAUUAUAAAUGCACGUUUGUUGAAUUAGAACACAGGUGAAACCUGAAAUGCAGAUUGAGUGCCUGCUUUUGAAAAACGUAUCCUGCCACCAGGCCUGGCUGCAUGCUUUAUAGGUAUGAAUAAACUUGUUAUAUUCUUUGUCAUACCCUCCAAGGACAUGACUGAUUUGUGAAAUUUUACACACUUAAAUAAUGUCCUGGUGGUUGAGAUGACGGUCAAAUGAAUAGCCCAAGGAAGGAACGAGUUCAUAAAUCCCCUUCAACAAUUUCCAGCAUGACAGUUGACUUGUUCCUGUGGAUUAACCAAGGCCCAAAUUGCAAAGGCCUAUGGAUUGAAACACUGACAGUUGUUCAUGUCUCAAACAUAACUGAGGGUUGUACACUAUUGCUCAACACCUCCAGACUAUGAUAUAGCAACUCGGAACAAACUGGCAUUGUUUGAGUCACAGUACCUGGGUUUUGUACUUUGUUGCAAAGUCCUCAUUGGUGAUAAAACAUUAAAUUAAUGUUUUAAAACAUUAAGGCAUAUAGUUCAACUACCUAUAGUCAAAACAAGUAAACUCAAUUUGUACACAAAUUCAGUAUAGCCUUUGUAUGUGAUGUUUAGAACUUUGUAUGUAGUAGAGCAAAUUAAUAAAUUUUAAACCUUUGACUAAUUUCUCAACCCAGUCAUGUAUUGAUGCCCUUAUAAGUGUGCAUUUUACUAAACACCAUACCACAUUAAACAGAUGAAGUUCAAA